AUGGGCAGCAGGAAGCGUGGGCAUCGGGAAACCUCAAGCCACUCCUCCAGUAAGAGUUCCCGUGGAUCCGAUGGGAGCGGAUACCGUGCCCGUAUCUCUCCGGAACUGCUCUCCCACGGCCUCGCCGCGCUGGAGAAGCGGCUGCGCGCCCACUCUCCCGUGUUGCCGCUGCUGCAGGAAGAGCUGCUGCCGGUUCUCGACGGCGCGGAGCUGAGGCGCCCGGACACGGGGCUCCUGAUCCGGGGCCUGGUGGUGGCGGGGGACGAGGCCCGAGGGGAAAAGGAGGGCGACGGAGAGGCCGUGGGAGAGGUGGCGGCCCUCUUGCUGCGGCUGACGCUGGCCUUCCCCCAGGCCGUUGAGCCCCAAAUCCACCUGCCGGCCGACUUGCUGCAGACCCGCCUGCACAGGCUGGACCUUGAGCUUCCUUGGCCCACCAGGAAGCACCUGCAUGACCUGAGGCGGGCCGUGGACGAAGCCUUCCCGCAAGGCCGAGACUGGGCGAGGGAGCUCACCUUCAGCGAGGAGAGGCCUAGGGAUAUCGCGGUCCUCCCCGUCUUCCCCACCUCUGAGGAACUGCUGGGCUCUCCGGACCCCUGGCUGAAGCCCAAUGUGGUGGAUGGGGCCGACCAUGGCAACCAGGCCGACCAUGGCAACCAGGCCGACCAUGGCAACCAGGCUGACCUUGGCAACCGGGCCCACCAUAGCAACCAGGCCGACCAUGGCAACCGGGCCCACCAUAGCAACCAGGCCUAUCAUAGCAACCGGGCCUACCUGGACACCCACUUCCGCCUCCUGCGGGAGGACAUGGUGAAGCCACUGAGGGAGAAAUUAGCUGCUUGCUUGACUCCGGCAGGCCGCCCCCACCAGUUGAACGGUGGGUCCAAGGUGUACAGGGACGUGCGGGUCCUCUACCCAGAGUGCCAGUGGGACGGAGUCGUCUACAGGGUCAGCUUUGAUGCCGGGGUCUUUGGCCGGGGACCUCAGCUUCCCGCCGAGCGCCUGGCCAAAGGCUCCAUGGUGUGCUUGUGGGCGCCGCGCUGCCCGGAGGUUUUCCCCGCCCUGGUGGCCAAGCAGGACAAGGAGCAGCUGGCCGCGGGCCGCCUGUUACUCCGCUUCGAGGGCGCGGCCCACCCCAGCUUCUCCCGCCACCUCUACACGCACUCCUUCUUCAUGGUGGAGUCGCCGUCCUGCCCGGAUACUCACCGCCACGUCCUGCGGGGCCUGCAGGAGGCCGACCCCGGCUGCCUCCCCUUCCAACGCUACGUGGUGAUGUGCAAGGGCCGUGUGCGGCCACCGAGAUACCUACAGACCCGAGGCACCGGCCUGGACAUGCGGCCUCUCCUUGGGACAGGGGCGGGAAAUGAGACGAGGGAUGGUCUGGAGGAAGGAGCUGGCUGGGUGCCGGGUACGGUGAGGGAUAGUCCUGAGACCACUGGGUUGGCAGAAGAGUUCAUCAGCAUCGCCGAUCGGGAGGAGGAAGAGGGAGGCAGCGGGCAGGAGCGGGCCCAGCCUGGCUGGCAUCCGGGGCCAGCGGGACGUCCGUCUGCACGGACCAAGUACAUGGUCAACAUCUUCAAGCAAGACCUGCGGUCCCUGCCAUGGUUGAAGCACUUUGACAAGUCACAGCUGAAGGCCAUUCAGAAGGCCCUGAGCCGGGAGUUUGCACUAAUCCAGGGGUCGCCCGGUACAGGGAAGACCUUUGUUGGACUGAAGCUGGUGGAACUGCUGCUACACAACGGGGAGCUGUGGCAGGAGGGAGAGGGGUGCGGACAGGGCAGUCCCAUCCUGGUGGUCUGCAACACCAACAACAGCCUGGACCUCUUCCUGGAAGGGCUCCUGGAGGCUGACUGCUCCAAGAUCGUGCGCAUUGGGGGCUUUUGCCAAAACAAGAGGCUGCACAACUUCACCCUGGAGAACGUCCGCAAUGCGAGACUGAAGGGGAUGCUGACUCCAGUGCAGAGACGCAGAUUCAAAGAGAUCAAAGAGAAGAUAGAGAAGGUGAAAGCUGACAUCCUGUACUGCUCCAAGAUCCUGGAGCUGCUCCCGCUGGGAAUCCUCGACGAGAAGGAACUGGCCCCGGAAAUGCAGGCUGACAUGAGCACGCUGGGCCUGAGCUCGAUGCAAGGAACCUCGCCCACGCGCCCGGAUGCUCUCGCUCCAAGUUCCACGCCGCGCUCCCACGCCCACGGACCACUUCACAAACCAAGUCUCCAUGAUCCAAGGAGAGCAUGCAACCGGCGUGGUGACACGGCCCAACGCAUCACCGGGUCCGCCAUCCCCCCAUUUGAUUCUGGUCAAAAGCAAGCGCUGGCCUGCGGAGAGGGGCAGCUGGUCAGAAGUCGCUGA